GGGGCGGAGCCUGGCGUCCCCUCCCGCGUCCGGCCGCGCCCGUCCUCCCGGCAGCCGAGAGACUACUGGCCGCUGCCGCCGCCACAGCAGCCGCCGCCACAGCAGCCGCCGCGAGCUGUCCCUGCACAGCGCCUGCCAGCCGCACUGCGCUCCGGAUUCCUGUGCGUCCCCGGCCUCCGCCCAGGCGUGGGGUCGCGGGGCCCGCGCGUGCGCAGCGCGGGAGGGGGGCACGGGCUGGGACCCCCCGGGCCAGCGCGUGCGCGGACCGAGCACUGGGAGGUGGGCGGGCGCAGGGAUGAGGCUCCGGGUGCUGUUGGCCCGCUGAGGAGACCUGGGGGCAAGAGGAGCGCGGACCGACUUCGCCCGGCCGGGCCAUGGCGUUCCUGGCCGGGCCGCGCCUGCUGGACUGGGCCAGCUCGCCGCCGCACCUGCAGUUCAACAAGUUCGUGCUCACCGGCUACCGGCCGGCCAGCAGCGGCUCGGGCUGCCUGCGUAGCCUCUUCUACAUGCACAACGAGCUGGGCAACAUCUACACGCACGGGCUGGCCCUGCUGGGCUUCCUGGUGCUGCUGCCCAUGACCUUGCCCUGGGGUCAGCUGGGCAAGGAUGGCUGGCUGUGGGGCACACACUGUGUAGCCUGCCUGGCACCCCCUGCAGGCUCUGUGCUCUAUCACCUCUUCAUGUGCCACAAAGGGGGCAGCCCUGUGUACACUCGGCUCCUUGCCCUGGAUAUGUGUGGGGUCUGCCUCGUCAACACCCUCGGGGCCCUGCCCAUCAUCCACUGCACCCUGGCCUGCAGGCCCUGGCUGCGCCCAGCUGCCCUGGUGGCCUACACCGUGUUGUCGGGUGUGGCAGGCUGGCGGGCCCUCACUGCCCCCUCCACCAGUACCCGGCUCCGCGCUUUUGGCUGGCAGGCUGGCGCCCGCCUUCUCAUGUUUGGGGCCCGGGGAGUGGGGCUGGGCUCUGGGGCUCCAGGCUCCCUGCGCUGCUACCUGCGCAUGGAUGCACUGGCACUGCUUGGGGGGCUGGUGAACGUGGCCCGCCUGCCGGAGCGCUGGGGACCGGGCCGCUUCGACUACUGGGGUAACUCACACCAGAUCAUGCACCUGCUCAGCGUGGGCUCCAUCCUCCAGCUGCACGCUGGCGUCGUGCCUGACCUGCUCUGGGCUGCCCGGCACAUCUGCCCCCCGGACUGAGCCACCUCCCGCCCGCCAUGCCGGCCUGCUCACAGUCUUCUAGGGCCAACAGCACCAUGCUGGCUCCCUGGAUGCUUCCAGCAAAUGGGACCUCCUAGCGGGGUGCCCUCGUCUGUUCAUCCAUUCUUCCCUGUGGACUACCCUCUUUUACUCACACGUUGGAGCUCCACUUCCCCUUCCUGCCUUCUUCCACGGGACUUAUAGGCUGAAAGGAAACCUUCCCUUCUCUGGGCCUGUUUUUACCCUCUGGGACCUGUGAGGUUUGGGCCAAAGGGACAGUUGGGAUCCUGCCAGCCCAGAGCCAUCACCCACCCUGACCCUCACAUAAGGCACCUCACAGCUGCCUAGCCCAGCCUCCUGCCCUCUGUCUGUCCACCCUGCAUGCUGGCCCUCCCAGCAGCCCGUUCUCCCUGCUGUCCAGAGACUGUGGAAUGAGGGGUCUGGACAACAGGACUAGCCUCUUAUCCCAGGACCUAGGGGCAGGAGGGUGGUGGCUGCUGCUUUUUCCAGGUAACUGGCACAGAGAUGUAAAGAGCUGAAUGGCCCUGGACCCAGGCCCCACUGGGCUGAGGGCACCCUCCACCUUGAGUGCUCUGACAGCUCGACCUGCCCAGCAGGGACGUGCCUGCUCAGGAAAUCUUUGCUCCACACAGUGGGUGGCUCCCAGCUCCAGUCUGCCAGCCUGGGGCUUGGGGCCUUGCAGCAGAGCUCAGCCUUGGCCCAUCCCAGGGGCCUCAGACCCUGGGCAACGUCAAUAAGUGCCGUGUUGCUGCGCAAGCAAGCUUGGGUACUCCCAAGAU